AUGGCGUCUCAGAUUCCAGGAAAUCAUCUAGGACAAGCUGGCAGUUCUACUGAGAAUUCAACUAACAAUGAAGAUUCAGAAUCAAAAUGCUGGAGACCAGAGACUUUGGAGUCAAAAACUAAAUUGGUGGACAAUGGUUCUUCUGAAACUUCUGGAAACAAGCUAGUCACAGAUUUGGCAUCAUUAAAUAUUAGUCAAAACACGGCAUUACACAAGAUUGGAGAGCAGCCAUCUGAAAACUCUUUAACUCACUCUAUACACAAACAAACUACCGAUAUUUAUAUUUCUGAUCUUCCAGAAUGUGUGUUAUUGAGAAUAUUUCAUUUUGUGGAUAUUCGAACAUUGAUAUUGGUCAUCAGAAAAACUUGUCGUUUUUGGCAUUACUUGAGUUAUGAUCGUCCCAAAUUGGAAGAACUUGAUUUGACUGGUGCUGAUAAGCUCACUUACUCUGGAUUUGAAACGCUCAAGAAAGAUGUUCAUAGUUUGACACAUCUGAGUAUUGCCUACACAAUGAUUGAUGAUAAAGGACUGAAAGUAAUUGCUGAAAAUUCUCCAAAGUUGAAAUUGCUCAAUAUUAAGUCGUGUGUGAAUAUUUCUGAUGUUGGAAUUGGAUAUGUUGCCAGUCAUUGUAAAGAACUGGAAAGCCUCUUGGUCAAUAAGACUGAUCCUGAAGAGAAAGGUUGCUCAAUGAGCAGUUUUGGACUUGAGACAUUAGCUCUAGGUUGUUGCAAAUUGAAAACUCUAUGUAUCAGUUAUUGCCAUUUAAUAGAUGAUAAAUGUAUUAUUGCUGUUGCUUCCAAUUGUCUUGGACUGACAGAGUUGAGACUUGCAGGCUGUGUAUCUAUUACAGAUGCAUCUCUAAUGGCUUUGGGUGAGCAUUCUCGAUAUCUAAAAGAUUUAGAAUCUCAUAACUCUAUAGAUGUUACUAAAAAUACAUUGAUACGGCUCCAGAACCAUUCACAUCUUCAAUCACUGCAUCUGAGUUUCUGCACCAGAAUUACCAACGACACUAUUAUUGAGAUCGCAAAACACUGUCCAGAUUUGCAGGAACUAUCUUUACGGGGUUGUAAUCUUAUCACGGACAUUGCCAUUGCUUCCUUGGUAAAUUCUUGUGCAUUUCUACGCAUCUUGGAUCUUUCUGGUGAAUCAUGUUUCUUCGCCAUGAAGAUAUCCAAUGUGUCGCUUUCGGCUAUUGCUAAUGACUGUAAAUAUAUAGAAAGAUUAAUGGUAUCCAAAAAUAAAUUGAUCAACCUCUCCGGGUUGGAGGUCUUGUUUUCUAGAUGUAAAAGUUUAGAGAGUUUAGAGUUGACUGUGGGUGAACCAAUGUAUACCUCGUUCAGUGGAGUCAUGAGUCUCGUCAAUAACAUCAAGAACAGAAUUGUCAAAAUUGCAAACCAUACUCAGAUCAUUGCUAAUAAACAAAGUGGUACUCUUCAUAUUGAAUUCUAUCCCAACGCUGAGAGCAACAUUCUGAAUAAAACUGGCGGUGAUGAUGAUCUGUGUAUGUCAUCCUCUUCAUUGACUGAAUAA